AUGCCUGCGGCUGGGCCUCGAAUGCGUACAGUUCGACAUCUUCUGUCCCAUCAACGUCGUUACACCGACACGCGAAUCCCGGCCGUCUGGAGCGGUGACGGACGCCGCCCCGGAGCCAGAUCCGGACGAAUCGAAUCACUCGAGCCCGGCAUCGACAUCAUCGGGGUCUUCCGGCGGCACGGCAGACGACGCAGAGUCCAGCAGCGAGCCGGCGGAAUGGCAGAGCGUCUCUUCUUCUUCCGCGCUGGUGCGGUCGACGACUCGGCGGCUCUCGCAGUCGUCGUCAUCAUCGCGGUCGUCACAAUCGCAGUGGCCCUGCGGACUCGUGGCGGCUCGCGGGACGAGCGGCCGAUGCCGUCGCUGUCGGCCUUUUCAUACCUGUCUACGAGCGAAUACUUCUUCUUGCAAUACUACCUGGAGCGGCUGAGCAACGUGCUGGUCAACGCAAACAGCUACGUCAACCCGCUGAAGCAGCUGAUCCUGCCGCGGAUCGCCUCGUCGAACCUGCUACUCGACGCAAUCUGCGCCACCGCGGCCUUGCACCGGUCGAGUGCAAACGAUGUCGACCGGUCGGAAUACUCCACAAUGGCGACGCGGUAUUACGUCCGCGUGCUGUCGGCCGUACGGGACUUGAUUCCGCGAGUGACAAACAGUUCCAGCGGUGUCUCUAGUUCUGGUUCCAGCAGCAGGAGAAGAGAGCUGAUAACUGAUGGUAGAGAGUCAAGUCCCGUCGAGAGCGAAAGCAGCGGUGACUACGGUAACGGCAAUGGGAAGGGGAAAGUAAAGAACAAGAACAAGAGGAAGGUGAUUAUCGAGGACAAGGAUACGGCCGAGAUGGCCAUCCUGGCGUCCAUCUUCCUAUGCAAAUACGAAAUCAUCAAGGACGGCGUGGAAAACUGGCGCUUCCACUUGCGAGGCAUCGAGUCGCUAUGCCAGUCGCUGGACCCGGAGCAGCAAGCUUCCAUGUCGAAUACGCUGGCCUACGUCCGUAGCUUCAUGUCGUAUCAUAAGAAUAUUGCUCGGGUCACAGAAUACGCGCCGUAUGUUAGAGAGGGGGAAUUCGAGCAUGAACCAUUCGAGAUUGGCACACUGUUCCCGGUUGAUCCGUAUAUGGGCUUCUCGCAGAGCCUCAUUAUUCUUCUCGGCCGUGUCAACGACCUCCUCGUGAUCAACAUACGAGAUGAACCGUACAAAGUGAAGGAAGAAGUGGAGGAAAUAUUAAGCCUGCUGGCCAGGAGAAGCUGGAGUGCAGAUCGGUUCGCCAUUCCUGAGGGCAUGGGUCCCUCGACGAUUGAAAAUUCGUCGCACAUUGCUGAGGCAUAUCGAUGUGCCGUCAUUGCGUGUAUCCAUGCCGCGCUCGAGAUUCUGGCGGAGAGAGAGAGAGACGCUGCUGUUUAUUCUCCUGUAGUGCCGAUGGAGGAGCUGUCAUUACAAUCCCAAUUGCAGCCACAGUCAACAAUCCCCAUCCCCAUCCCCCUCCCCAUCCCCAUAGACUGGGCAUCCCUGCACGCCCUUUUGCCCGUAGAAAAGGCCGAGGCCCUGACAGACUGUCUGGCGGCGGUGGCGCGAGUUCCGCUCGGAUGUCCGGAAGAGGCCGGUCUGCUGCCGUUGCUGUUUAUCGUCGCGUGCGAGACCAACCGGCAGGACCAGGCCAAGGAGGCGCUGCUGCGGGUGGAAGCGCUGGGGAGCCACAUUGGGCUCGGAAACGUGCGGUGUGCGAGCCUUUUGCUGAAGGAGGUGUGGGCGAAGAAGUCGGUGCAGCGAGAUUUUCAUGAUUGGCGGGGGUUGCUGGCCAAGGUGAAAUGGGAUCUCAUUAUAACAUAG